UGUUUUUGUGCUCCUCCCUCUUCUUCUCCUCCUCCUUCCAUGAAAACCCACUUUAGUAAAAGCUCCAAAUUUUUCUCAAUGUGAUGAAGGUUAUGUGGGUCUCAAUAUGGAAUGCAUACAGCACCACUGUGCUUGAAAUUUUCGGAUUUUUUGUGGGAGGUUGAUGAUAAAGUUUGAUUCUUUUUAUUUUUAUUUUUUUGCCUUUUCAAUGUUUCCGGCAUGCUUAUUUGCUAAAGUUGGUUUAUAUUGUACCGUCUGGUUGGUUUAUCAAAGUAGAAAGGAAAUUGCAUAAAAAGAAAACUUUGUACCGAAACUAGAAAGUAGUAUACAUAGAUGGUAUAUUCAGAUUCUUCUUUUCAGUUUCCAUGGUGGAAAAGCAAAGAAAAGGUAAUUAAUUCAAAGUGAUACGCUUUCUAGGAAAAUGGAAAAUGGAGAGGAAGAGUAUUUACAUUGAGAGGUUGUGAUUUCAGAAACUUUCUUUAAAGCCUAAAAAGAAAAAGAAAGUAGAGAAGGAUAAUAACGUGAAGCAUGCCAACAGUGUGGUUCUCUUUGAAGAAAUCUCUACACUGCAAAUCAGAGCCAUCAGAAGUUCAUGACCCAAAAUCAAGGAAGCAGUUGAGUACAAUUUUGACAAGAAAAGCAGGCAGGUCAGGGUGUUCAAGGUCCAUAGCGAAUCUCAAAGAUGUCAUCCAUGGAAGCAAAAGACACACGGAGAAGCCACCGAGUUGCAGCCCAAGAUCCAUAGGGAGCAGUGAGUUUCUUAACCCUAUAACCCAUGAAGUUAUUUUGAGUAACUCAAGGUGUGAGCUCAAAAUCACUGGUUUUGGCGGGUUCCAAGAAGGGAUUGGUAAUGGUGCUGCUGUUGGUAACAAUGGUGGUGUUGGUUCAACUUUUGUGGGCACCUUAAGGCCUGGUACACCUGGGCCUGGAGGGCACCCAACAAUGCACUAUUUCAAUCCUUCAUUUAGGAGCUCAGCUACUCCUCCAAGAAAGUCUCCAUUUCUUUUAUCAGAGAGGGAAGGGUCUGGAUUUGGCGGGUCUGGCAUUUUGGGUGGUGGUGGACAUUCAAGCACUAGGGUCUCGCUGGAUACAGAUUCUAAUAGGUCUUCAAUCACUUGUCAUAAAUGCGGAGAGCAGUUUACCAAAUGGGAAGCUGCUGAAAAUCACCAUCUUUCCAAACAUGCUGUCACUGAACUUGUGGAAGGUGACUCAUCAAGAAAGAUAGUUGAAAUCAUAUGCCGGACUAGUUGGCUAAAAAGCGAAAACCAUUGUGGUCGAAUUGAGAGAGUAUUGAAAGUUCACAAUAUGCAAAGAACUCUAGCUCGGUUUGAAGAAUAUAGAGAGAUGGUGAAAAUUAAGGCCAGCAAACUCCCCAAGAAACACCCUCGGUGUAUUGCUGAUGGGAAUGAACUUUUGAGAUUCUACGGUACCACUGUUGCAUGCUCUCUAGGCCUAAACGGGUGCUCGAGUUUAUGCGUAUCUGAGAAAUGCUGUGUUUGUCGAAUUAUUAGAAAUGGGUUCUCUGCCAAGAAGGAGCUUAAAGGUGGAAUAGGUGUGUUCACAACUUCUACUAGUGGCAGAGCUUUUGAAUCUAUUGAAAUAUUUGAGGGAGACCCAUCAAUAAGGAAAGCUUUGAUAGUAUGCAGAGUAAUAGCCGGGAGAGUUCAUAGGCCUUUGGAUAAUAUACAAGAAAUAUCUGGCCAAACGGGGUUUGAUUCAUUAGCAGGGAAAGUUGGUCUCUACUCAAAUAUUGAGGAGCUUUAUCUUCUAAAUCCUAGAGCUCUCCUCCCUUGCUUUGUGGUAAUCUGCAAACCCUGAAGAAAAGUAUAAGAAAUGUGAAUCCCUUUUUUAAUCUUUUUAUAGAAGAUUCUUUCAGUCUGAAUCUUCUAUUAGGAAGAAUUUUGAUUCUUCUUCUUAUAAUCCUUCUGUCACUUGUUAGUAUAUCAAUUUGUUUUUGCUUAUUUCCCUUUAUUACAUUUGCAUACCUUAUGCUUCUGUAAUUUCUUCCUCUUCAUUUAAGCCUCGUCUUUUUUUCUUUUUUAAUGAAAAAACUUUUUUUUUUU